CGGCUCUUUCCCUAAUAUAAUAGUAGCCGUUAGCGCCUGUCUCCAUUCAAAUUCAAACCCUCUUUUUCACUCCCUUUGCUAUCUCUCUCCUCUGUACUCUCGUUUCACAUUUCACACACAAGAAAGAUUCCAAGUGUUUUGAAAAAUGCAGAAGAUCCAAUCCUCUUUAACCGGAGACCAGAAACUCCGACCAAAUUGUGGUCGUAAACCUCUGCAACCAAAGAACUCGCUGGCCAGUCCUGUAACCGAGAUUCAAAUUCUAAAGCCGAAGAAAGAUUGGAUUGAGAUUUCGGUUGCUAGUGAAUCCAACAAGGAGAACUAUCCGAUCUGUGCAACGACGCCCACUAAGCUCGUGAUUGAGCCGUUGGAUGCUUCGCUAGCAGAGGAACUGAGCGCGAUCAAGAAGAAGAUAGAGAGAUUGAGACUGGACGGACAGAGAACAGAGAAAAUGUUGAAUGAGAGGGAGAAGUUACUGGAUUUGCAAAUGAAGGAGCUGGAGCAGAGAGGAGAGAUUCAGAAGAGGCUCGAGAUUGAGGUGGAUAGACUCUACAGAUUGAAGGAACUCCAAUCUUUCUCUAUGAGAAUUUCUCCAAUGCGUUCGCUGAGAGAGAAGGAACAUGAGAAGAAGACUGCUCAAGUGCAUUCCCAGGGAAUGAAAGCCGAGGAUAUGGAGGCAUCGGUGAGUGGAAGUAGAAUGAUGAGUCCGUGUUUGAGUUCCAGUUCGAGUUCAAAUUCCAUCUCUUCGCAGCUUGUGGCUGUGUAAUGUGUAACGCAGUUGGCCUCUGCAAAUUGUCUUUUAGCAUUUGAUUUUGUCUUGGGUUUUUAGCUUUGCCACUUCUACAGUAUUUCGUUGUAGAAUUUGGUAAAAGAAAGCAUAUAUUACACUAGUUUUUCUCAAUGUUGAAAUGAUUAUGACUUUCAAGAUUCCCAAAUUUCAAUACACGGGUGCUGCUUCGGUGUUGGUUCUUUUCUUU